GUUUCACGGCAGUGGCUUCCCCUUGGUGGAAACGUUAAGCCGGGCGGUGUAGACCCUCCUUGCUGUUUGCUUGCUGGAUGGCGCAAAAGAAAUAUCUCCAAGCAAAACUGACCCAGUUUUUACGGGAAGACAGAAUUCAACUUUGGAAACCUCCGUAUACAGAUGAAAAUAAAGAAGUUGGUUUGGCAUUGAAGGACCUGGCUAAGAAGUACUCUGACAAGCUAGAAUGUUGUGAAAAUGAAGUAGAGAAGAUAAUAGAAGAAAUACGGUGCAAAGCCAUCGAGCGUGGCACAGGAAAUGAAAAUUAUAAGACAACAGGAAUUGCUACAAUUGAGGUAUUUUUACCUCCACGACUAAGAAAAGACAGAAAGAACCUCCUGGAGACUCGAUUGCACAUCACCGGCAGAGAACUGAGAUCCAAAAUAGCUGAAACCUUUGGAUUCCAAGAAAAUUAUAUCAAAAUCGUCAUAAAUAAGAAACAACUUCAACUAGGGAAGGCCCUGGAAGAGCAGGGCGUGGCGCACAACGUGAAGGCCAUGGUGCUGGAGCUGAAGCAGUCGGAGGAGGACGCGAGGAAGAACUUCCAGGUCGAAGAGGAAGAGCAAAACCAAGCCGAACUGAAAGAAAAGAGAAUUCAGAGGACAAAGAGAGGACUAGAGAUUCUGGCAGAGAGAGGCGAGAUGAUGGAUUCAGAAAGCACACCAUACUUAGACAUAGCUAACCAGACGGGCAGAUCAAUCAAGAUUCCACCGUCAGAAAGAAAAGCCCUUAUGUUAGCUAUGGGGUAUCACGAGAAGGGCAGAGCCUUCCUGAAGAGAAAAGAAUACGGAAUAGCCUUGCCUUGUCUCCUGGAUGCCGACAAGUAUUUCUGUGAGUGUUGCCGAGAGCUGCUGGACACGGUGGACAACUACGCGGUGCUCCAGCUGGACAUCGUGUGGUGUUACUUCCGCCUGGAGCAGCUGGAAUGCCUUGACGAUGCAGAGAAAAAAUUAAACUUGGCCCAGAAAUGCUUUAAAAAUUGCUAUGGAGAAAAUCAUCAAAGACUGGUCCACAUAAAGGGAAAUUGUGGGAAAGAGAAGGUGUUGUUUUUAAGACUUUACUUGCUUCAAGGUAUCCGAAAUUACCACAGUGGGAACGGGGAGGAGGCUCGUGAGUAUCUCAACAAGGCUCAUCAGCUCUUUAAAGAGCUAUAUAUCGAUCCGUCGAAAGUUCACAAUUUGUUGCAGUUGGGGUUUACCGCCCAGGAAGCCCGGCUCGGCCUCAGGGCCUGUGACGGGAACGUGGACCACGCCGCCACCCACAUUACCAACCGCAGAGAGGAACUGGCCCAGAUAAGGAGAGAAGAGAAGGAGAAGAAGCGCCGCCGCCUGGAGAGCAUCAGCUCCUUGAAGGGGAUGGGCUACUCCACUCGCGCCGCCAAGCAGGCCCUGCACCAGGCGGGCGGGGACCUGGACGUGGCCCUGAAGAUUCUCCUCAGUGACCCUCACAUGUGGUGGCUCAGUGAUUCCAAUGCUGAGACCAACAACCAUCAAGAAAGCCCUUCCCAGAAAGAUAUCGAGCAACUGGUGUACAUGGGCUUUGACCCAGUGGCGGCCAAAGCCGCCCUGAGAGUGUUCGGGGGAAACGUGCAGCUGGCAGCUCAGACCCUCGCUCACAACGGAGGAAGCCUCCCUGCUGACCUGCAGCUCGCCGUGGAGGAGGCUCCGUCCACGCCAGCCACGUCCCCUUCUGAUUCUGCAGGUACGUCUAGCGCCUCAGCAGAUGAAGACAUGGAGACAGAGGCCGUCAAUGAAAUACUGGAAGACAUCCCUGAGCACGAAGAGGAUUAUCUCGACUCGACUCUGGAAGACGAAGAAAUUAUUAUCGCAGAGUACUUAUCCUAUGUAGAAAAUAUAAAGUCAGCAACAAAGAGAAACUAA